AUGCCGCCAGAACUUAUACCGUCAGAUGAAGAAUAUGCAUCGUCCGAAGAUGAGGAUUUCGCACCAGAUGCAGUACCGGCACAAGAUCAAUCAUCAGAGUCAGAACCAGAAGAUGUAGAUUCUAUUGCGGUAGCAGAUAAACCCAAGAAAAAGACUACAAAAAGAAAACAAGGCGAUGAUGAGGAAGCAGAAGAUGCGGGCUUUGAGAAUUCGGGCGAUGAGGCUAUUAUCGAAAGGGGGUUGAAGAGGCGGAAAAAGAAGAGUAAGAAAGGUGGAAGAGAGAAGGAUGAGGAUGAGGGUGGUGAGGGUGGUUUGGUCAAGACGAGGAGUAUGCGGGCUCAAGAAAAAGUCGAAAAGAAACCUCUCGCAGAUACGAAAGCCGCAACAGUCGAUGUAGAUGCCCUAUGGGCAACCAUGACAUCCGGCAAGCCCACUCCAUCCACCAGUUCCGAGCCCAAACCCUCUCCAAAUACCGAAAACAUAUCCACAAGUCCAACGCCAGGAAGCAAAUCCCCAGAAAUUCAUAGAGGAUCUAGGGAACGCAGCAAUUUCAGCGACGGACCAGAUUCUAUGGUUAUGAUAAAACGCACCUACAAUUUCGCGGGAAAAGUCAUCACGGAACAAAAGCUCGUCCUGACAAAUUCGGCUGAAGCGAAACUCUUCCUCGCUUCUCAAGAAUCCACUGCUGCAAAAGGAGAUAAUCCUGGGAAAGAAACAGAACUCUUUGUUAAACCCAAACGCAGUCUUCAAAAAGCUCGACGCUCAAUUUUCGAACCUGUAAUAGAGAAUUUGUCGCCUCAAAGAACAGAUCUAUACUUCGGGACAGCUGCGGCUGCAAGGACCAAUGGAGUGGGUGUGGGUAAGGAGCCGAAGAAAUUAAAUACGGUGGAGAAGAGUGCAAUGGAUUGGGCUGGGUUUGUUGAUAAGGAGGGCUACAAGGAUGAGCUGGAUGCAGCUGGAAAGAAGAAGGGGGCGUAUGGGGAGAGACAGGCUUUCUUGUCAAGGGUGGAGGCUAAGAAGGUGGAGGAUGAUAGGAGGGCGAGGGGGUUGCCUGUUUGA